UGGCCUCGGCCUCCGUCGCAGCAGCCAGUCGCCGCGCACCGGCAGACCACCCCCUGGCGCUUCUCCCCGCCAUUGCGAUUGCGCCGCCGGUCACGGCUCAGCCCAGAGUUCUCAAUCCACCACCAGCCACCGCAUGCGCGUAUCCGAGGCCUAGCCCGCUCGCGGCCGCGGAUCUCUCGCCUCGCCCCGCGAUGCAUCGCGCGAUGCGGCUGCGCUGCCUCCUGCGCCCGCCGCUCUGGCGCGAGCCCGCCGCCAACCCCGCGGCGGCCUCCAGCGGAGGCGGUGCCGCCCUGGCGCGGAGGCUCGGUGCGCCGCCGCGGUCGUUCGGCGAGAACCAGCGGUUGUGCCGGUUCUACAGCUCGAAGGAGGGCGUCGGCAGCGCGGAGGCGGAAGCGGUGGGGACUGGCGGCGGCGGCGGCGGCGGCGGCGGUGGAAGUGGCAGCAGCAGCAGCAGCCGCGAGCAGGAGCACGCGCGGCUCGGGGAGAGGGACCAGCAGGAGUGGCUGAGCGGCGAGCGGUUCCUCACCGGCUGCAAGCGGCGGGAGUCGCCGUUCCUCACCAAGCGGGACCGCUUCCGCAAGGAGUUCCUGCGCCGCGCCGUGCCGUGGGACAAGACCGGCGUCUCGUGGAACAGCUUCCCGUACUACGUCGAUCAGCAUGCGAAGCAGCUGCUGAGCGAGUGCGUGGCGUCGCACCUGCGGCAUAAGGAUUUAGCUCUGGAGUAUGGUUCCGGGCUGCAGUCUUCCAGUGGGAGGAUAUUGCUCCAGAGCUUGCCAGGGACUGAACUUUACCGGGAGAGAUUUGUGAGAGCACUUGCCAAUGAGUUGCGUGUGCCAAUAUUGGUUCUGGACAGCAGUGUUCUAGCUCCAUAUGACUGUGGUGAAGAUUGUUCAGAGAGUGAGGAAGAGGAUAAUCAUGCAGAGUCAGAGGAUGAAGGUUCAGAAUCUGAGGUGGAUGGCGAAGGUGAUGAGGAAUCUGGUGAAAGCGAUGAUGACGAUUCUAUUAAAUCUGUGGCGGACCUAAAGAAGCUAGUUCCAUGCACUCUUGAGGAAUUUGCCAAGAGAGUUGUUGGUAUACAGGAAAGUUCUUCAGCAGCAGAAUCCUCCGGCACUGCUGAGUCAUCCGAAGAAGAGAAGAGGUCUCUUCAAAAGGGAGAUAGGGUCAAGUACAUUGGAGCGUCAGUGGUUGUUGAAGCAGAUACUAGGAUCAUUUUGGGGCAAGUACCUACUCAAGAUGGCUCAAAGAAUGCCUAUACCUUUAUUAGUGGCAGAACUUUAUCAAAUGGACAGCGUGGAGAGGUGUAUGAGAUCAAUGGCGAUCAAGUGGCUGUUAUAUUUGACCCUCCUGAGGAGAAGGUGGCUGAUGGUAACAAAGAUGAAGCAAACAAAGAGCAAAAUGCUAAACCAGCAGUUUACUGGGUUGACACUCAGGAUAUCGAGCAUGACCAUGAUACUCAGGCGGAAGAUUGGCAUAUUGCAAUUGAAGCACUUUGUGAGGUACUGCCAUCUCUAGAACCAGCCAUCGUUUACUUUCCAGACAGUUCCCAGUGGUUGUCUAGGGCAGUUCCAAGAUCAAAUCGUAGAGAAUUUGUUGAAAAGGUAGAGGAAAUGCUUGACCAGCUCACUGGACCUCUAGUUUUGAUAUGCGGGCAGAACAUAGCGGAGGCAUCAACAGAAGCAUCUAAGGAUAAAGAACCUAAGACUCUGCUGUUCCAUAAUAUGGCUCGCCUGUCUCAUCUGACAUCAUCCUUGAAGCGGCUGGUAGGGGGCCUAAAAGGACGGAAGCCUUCAAGGUCCAGUGACAUAACGAAGCUUUUCAAAAAUAGAUUAUUUAUUCCUCUUCCAAAGGAUGAUGAGCAAAUGAGAGUUUUAAAUAACCAGAUUGAGGAGGACAAAAAAAUAAUCAUUUCAAGGCAUAACCUUGUAGAGCUGCACAAGGUGCUUGAAGAACAUGGGCUAUCAUGUGAGGAUCUAUUGCAUAUCAAGUCAGAGGGUAUUGCUUUGACGAAACAAAGAGCAGAGAUGGUUGUUGGAUGGGCUAGGAGUCACUAUUUAUCAUCAGCAGUUAAUCCUUCCAUAAAGGGCGACAGGCUGACCAUUCCCCGUGAAAGUCUGGACCUAGCAAUUGGGAGGUUGAAGGAGCAGGAGGCUUCCAAUAAGAAGCCGUCUGAAAGCAUGAAGAUGUUGGCGAAAGAUGAGUAUGAGCGCAAUUUCAUUUCAGCAGUUGUGCCUCCCAAUGAAAUUGGAGUUAAGUUUGAUGAUAUUGGUGCUCUUGAGGAUGUCAAGAAGACACUGGAUGAACUUGUAACUCUUCCAAUGAGGAGGCCAGAGCUCUUUUCUCAUGGGAACUUGUUAAGGCCCUGCAAAGGUAUAUUACUUUUUGGGCCUCCUGGAACAGGAAAAACGCUUUUAGCAAAGGCACUUGCAACAGAAGCUGGAGCAAAUUUUAUAAGCAUAACUGGUUCUACUCUCACAUCAAAGUGGUUUGGAGACGCUGAGAAGCUCACCAAGGCCCUUUUCUCCUUUGCUAGUCGACUGGCUCCUGUUAUAAUAUUUGUGGACGAGGUUGACAGCUUACUUGGUGCAAGAGGUGGUUCAUUUGAGCAUGAGGCAACGAGAAGGAUGAGAAAUGAAUUUAUGGCAGCUUGGGAUGGUCUAAGGUCCAAAGAGAACCAAAGGAUCCUUAUUCUUGGCGCAACAAAUCGUCCCUUUGAUCUAGAUGAUGCAGUGAUACGACGUUUACCUAGGAGGAUAUUAGUUGACCUUCCGGAUGCCAAGAAUCGGAUGAAAAUUCUAAAAAUUUUACUUGCCAAAGAAAACCUGGAAUCUGAUUUUAGAUUUGACAAGCUUGCUAAUGUGACUGAGGGUUACUCUGGGAGUGAUUUGAAGAAUCUAUGCAUAGCUGCGGCAUAUAGGCCAGUCCAUGAACUUCUAGAACAAGAAAACAAGGGAGACAUGGGUAGCACGAAAACUUCAUUAAGGGCACUGAAGUUGGAUGACUUGGUGCAAGCAAAGGCCAAGGUAAGCCCAUCUGUUGCUUUCGACGCAACAAGCAUGAACGAGCUAAGAAAAUGGAACGAGCAGUACGGGGAAGGUGGCAGUAGAAGCAAAUCACCAUUCGGGUUUGGCAGCUAACAUACUCCUGUAGUAAGGUUUCCCACAUUGUAUUGGGACUUGGGAGCGUGUGAGCCCAAAUUUAGUCAUACGAAACCAGCAGUAGUGGCUCAUCGUAGGCAGUAAACCUGUGCUGUUCAGUUACUUCAUCCAGGCCACUCCCUUGCCCCCCGUUUUGAUCUGUGAGUCAUUACAGCAGUGCUGUUGUCAUGUAUCGAUAGCAAAACGGCUUAUCAUAUGCCAAGUUUUCAUGACAUACCCCAUAUUGUAGUGUCACGGGCUCCCAUCCGAGAGGCCUGAUCGAACUGUAAAUAGCCCCCAAAGUUGUCCCAGAGCUAACAGUUUAGCCAUUUGCGGCAGUUCCAUACAAUUUUGAUUUGUUGCCGCUGUUUUACAUAGUUGGGCAAUAAACUCUA